AUGGUUUCGAAGUUCUUUGGAUUCGGUAAGAGCAGCAAGAAAUCAUCUAGCGGGUCGGAACAAUCACACGCAGACAUUUCCACCCGUUCGUCUUCUUCUUCUUCUUCUUCUUCUUCUUCUUUGGCAGCUGAAGCUUUAGAUCAGAAUGAAGAUUUAGUGAGUCAGGUCACCACUAGUCUUCAAUCAUCAUCCAUCUUUUCGAAAGGUAGAAAUACAUUCCAUACAGGAGCAUCUUCCACCCUUACGGAUACAUCUUCAAGUUUUGAUAAAAAUCUAGGAUCUAAGCAUGGUGGAAUUAAGAAUAACGAUCAUUCGGUCAGCAACUCGACGGUGGGGAAGCCACUCAGAGUGCUAGAUUAUGAAAGGUUGACAUCUUUGAAUCCAGUCAUUGAAGAAGAAGACACUUCUCUGAUGGACUAUGGAGAUGACCAUUCAGGCAGUGGUUCGUUAUUGAAGCAUGGAAGCUUCGGUUCUUCACGAAAGUUGGAAAGAUACCCUACUACUUCGCUCGAAUCAUUAGAGACAGAACUAAAGCGCUUGAAUGAGAAUUUAGUGGCCCUAAUGGAUGAUAUUCAUCAGAACAUUACUAACGUCUCCAAAGCUGUUAUUCAAGCUAUUGAAUUUUUCAAGAAGUUUUUACCAGAGACUAAUAGGAUCACAUAUACUGUUACAAUGGCUAAUAGUGCCGCUCUACGAAGCAUUGCCAAGAUCGUGUCACAUUUUGUAGAUAAUUUAUUGAACGCGCCAGCUUUCCAAAAUUCCCGAUCAAUAUUAUUGAAGGCAUACCUAGCAUUCUUGCAAAAAUUGAAUAUAAAUGUCUUUGAAGAUUCGAUGGAUAAUUUACACGCAUUGCCAACAAUGAGAAAUUUCGCCAUUGACGAUAAAUGUGGGUUGCCAAACAUGGAUAAACUUUCUACUAUAGUGGAUGAGAUAGUACGAUGUGAGCCAUCGGGAAUUUCAGAUCAAGAUGGGGCAUUCAUCGCUCCAGUUUUAAGGGGCUUAAGCCGAAGAUCAGCAAUACUAACAGUAAUGUUUGGUCUACCAAAUCCACAACAAGAACAUCAUGAUAUGGUUAAAGCACUGUUUUCCACUUUCCCCGAUCUUCAUUUCUUCUGUGUUAAGGACUACAUCAAACCAUGUGCUGAAACGAUACCAAAACCUCCGACCCACAUUUCGAAACCAAUGGAAACGGCCAAGAUACCCAGUUUUGUUCCUCCGUUCAGAGUGCCCAUUGAUGCUUUAAGUCCGCCGAUAUCGAUUUCAAUUUCUACUGAAGAAACACAAAAGAUGACAGGAACGCUUGGUGGAUAUCUGUAUCCCAAAAUAUCGAAGACUGAUUCAAAGUUCGCACAGUUCAGUAAUGCUGCAUUUGCGGUAACAUGUGCGCAUGUGGUCUUAUCGGAAAAUCAGGAUUAUCCAUUCGUGUGCACACCGUCCACUCUACUACAAAACACCUACAAGAAAUCUCUCAGUGAGGAAAGAGAACAGUAUAGUAAGCAUUCUGUUGAAUAUGAUGGUUUCAACCAAGAGUUACAAAGGAUAGAGUCUAAUUUACAAUGGCAAUCUGAUCAUAAAUUUGGUCAGGUAGUUUGGGGCGAGAGGUCUGUUAUCGGUAAGUCAUUAUCUGAUUUUGCCAUAAUAAAGGUAAACUCCGAAUUCUCUUGCGAAAACUUCCUAGGUGAUGAUCUCAAUGGCUUGCCUGAUCCGGCUUUAAGGUUUAAGAAUUUGUACGUGACAGAGAAGGUAGAAAAUGUCAAGCCAGGUGCUAAUGUUUUCAAGAUCGGUGCCACAUCCAAAUAUACCACAGGGAAAAUAAAUGGUUUGAAACUAGUUUAUUGGGCAGAUAAUAGAAUUCAGAGUAACGAAUUUGUAGUCUCGUCGCCUCAACCGUUAUUUGCCAAUGCAGGGGACUCAGGAGCAUGGGUCUUGACUAAAUUAGAUGGGAAAUUGGGCCUUGGUGUAGCCGGAAUGUUGCAUUCAUACGAUGGUGAGUUAAAGCAAUUUGGUUUAUUUACACCAAUAUCUACCAUACUAGAACGUUUACAAACAGUUACUGGCGUGGAAUGGGAUAUUCACCCUUUCAAUCCAGUUGGUAACUGA